AUAUUUGCAACUGAUGACUUGAAGAAGAGAGACACACGAUCGAAUCACACUGUUAAGUCGAGUUUAUCAUUAUACCUGCAAGAUUGUAAUGAUAACUGCCCAAAGUUUACAAAAGAAAAAUAUGUUUGUUCUGUCAAAGAAAAUAGAACCGGAAAAUUCAACUGCAGCGUUGAAGCUAAAGAUGUGGACUACACGCAUACUGAUAUAGAAUACAAUAUUUUGAGUGGAAAUGAAAAUUACGUUAACAUCACACAGAACACAGGGGAAUUGUCUGUUGUGCAAUCUAUAGACUAUGAAGAGAAAAAUACACUGAUUCUAAACAUUUCUGCGUCUGAUGGACAAUUUAGUAGUUCAUGCAUGGUAGAGAUCCAUGUGAUUGACGUUAAUGAUGAAAGACCACAGUUUCAUGGAACACCUUACAGUUUUUCAAUAUAUGAAAAUGUGAACGGCAGUUUUGCAGUUGUUGGUCGAGUUAAUGUUACUGAUGCUGACAGUAAUUAUGAUAUAAAUUUUCAAAAUUGCACAGGUAUGUUCAACAUUAUUGAAAAAAGAGAUGUUAUAUUGAUGAAACCACUCGAUUAUGAAAACCAGACCAUUAUAACAUGCUCUCUUAGUGCCAAUGACACAGACGACACCAAGGAUGAAGUUACUACAAAUAUUGUUAUACACGUUUUGGAUAAAAAUGAUAAUGCACCCAUCUUUGCUAAUAAUUGUUGCAAUGUACAUGCUAUUGAUGAAACAACAGGACCAAACAAGUCGGUCAUAAAAUUAAAAGCUACCGAUGCAGACAAAAGCGGCCAAAACAAUCAAGUUUUGUAUGCUAUAUUUUCGGGCAACAGCAAUCUUCUUUUUAAGAUUGACCGUUCUUCUGGUGAAAUUAAGACUAACAAAAACUUGACAGGUUAUGGUGGAAUAAUUAUUCAUUUAGUUGUAAAAGCAACGGACAAUGGAUUCCCUGCUCUCUCUGGAUAUACAAACGUAUCUAUAAACGUUACAAAAUUAAAUGUGAAUCCACCAGCGUUUAUAGGUGAACCAUAUAAAACGAAAAUCUACGAAGGAAAUGACACCCGGACUAUUUUUGAGGUACACGCAAAAGACAAAGACAACGACAAACUGGAAUUUAAAGUUUUGAACUUUACUGAUUAUUUCCAUUUCAAAAACAAUACUCUGUAUGCUAGUAAUAUAGAUGCUGAGAAUAUGAACAAAACCAUUAAUGUCGGAGUGCAAGUAUCAGAUGGAAAAUGGAGUGACAUAUCUACGAUUAUUAUUACUGUAAUCGAUGUAAAUGAUAACUUUCCACGUGUAGAUGUUGACUCUUCUUGUAACAAAACGGUUGACGAUAUUGCGGAUAUCGGCGAUGUAAUUUGCAGUGUAAUAGCAAAAGAUGAGGAUGUUGAUAACAUUGGUUUCACAUACACCCUUAAUGACGGAAAAGGAGAUUUUCAAAUAAAUUUCACGACGGGUGUUAUAACGCUGAAAAAUAGAUUUGGACAUAAUGGUCAGAAUUAUAAUAUGAAUAUCGUUGUGAGUGACAGCGGCUCUCCCCCUAAAUACACUAACACCUCAUUAUCAAUUCAUGUAAGGGAUACAAAUCCAACAUUUCAGUUUGAUUCUAAGCAAAUAGAAUUCAAUGUCACUGAAAAUGUUUGUGAUACGAUUGCGCCUGUGAAUGUUAAACCGGUAUUGGGCAUGUACAACAUAACUUACGAAAUAAAUUCAGAGAACAAAUAUCUUAUAAACAAAACUUUUUUCUUAAAUGAAUCUUCCGGUCUGCUAACGAUAGCAAAAAAAUCGAAUUGCAUUGAUUACGAAGAACAAAAUGAAUAUAAGUUUUCAAUUUUUGCAAAAGACGACGGCGUGUUUCCGAAAUCGGCACAUGCAGAAGUGACAAUAAAUGUUUUAGAUGUGAAUGAACCACCGAAUAUUAUUCUGACAAAUAAAACAGUAUUUUUGAAUGAAAAUUCUACAAAGGGAACUUAUGUCUCACGUGUAUUUGUACAAGAUCCAGAUACAAAUGAACAAUUUCGAAAUUUCAAAUAUUCUUUGUCUGGUAGUAAGAAUUUCAAAAUAGAUAAGAAUGGAACUAUCACAAUUGCUGCCACAAACAUUCCAGCAGCUGUGUAUGAGCUGAAUGUAACAGUGACUGAUGGGGGCGAUCUGAGUGAUAGCCAUAUGAUGCAUGUCAAUGUACCGGCAAUAAAUGUAACUUAUGUUGAGAAAAAAAUACAAGAAAACAACACCAGAUCAUUAGAUAUAUGCAAUUUUUCAAUAUCAUUGAAUGGAGAAAAUGUUAGCUACAAAAUUAUUGCAGCUCCUUAUUCAGGGAACUUUAGGAUUAAAAGCGGUUCUCUUAUACUGGAUACAGCAAGCGCAUUUGACAGAGAAGAGAUUGAAUUCGUUUCAUUUUAUGUGAUUGGGUAUUACACUAAAUAUGGAACUACGGUCGCCAACGUAUCUGUCAAGCUACACAUCGAGGAUAUAAACGACUGCCCGCCAUAUUUUGUUGAUAAUUACUAUAACAUUACUAUUAAUGAUGUUACUGAAAGUGGAACUGUCAUUGGAAAGCUUGAUGCAAUAGACAGAGAUAUUGAAAAAGAGAACCGACAACUCACAUACGACAUCUAUACUUAUACAGAUAUUUUUGCCAUCGACAACAAAGGAAACUUAAUAUUGAAAAACUCGACAAACCUUGAUUUAGAAAUACCAUACGUCCUCAAUGUCUCUGUAUCUGAUGGCAUAUAUUUGAGUCAUGCAAGUGUAUCCGUUGUGGUUACAGACACAAACAACUAUUCUCCAAAGUUUAACAAUUAUACGUACGAGUUUACCGUUACGGAAACUAACAUGACUAACAUAGUGAUUGGUUCUUUAUCUGCUGAAGACAAAGACAAGGGAAGAAACGGAGACAUUACUUUUUCGAUUUUAACUGUAAAUGCAGGCGACAUAUUUACUCUUUCAAACCAGACCAACAACACAUGUAUUGUUGAAUCAGUGAAACCAAUUGAUCGAGAAGCAAAAGAACAAUUUAGCCUCGUCAUCCAGGCGACUGAUCAUGGCAUUUUCCCUCGUCAAAGUACAUGUAUAGUAAGGAUUAAGGUUCUUGAUGAAAACGACAACUUUCCAAUAUUUAGAGGCGUGUCUUCUCUCAAUGGGUCUAUUACUGAAAAUUCAGUAAAUGGCACACGAAUAAAGUUUCCACAAAUCAAUGUUUACGACGUAGACUUUGGAAUUAACGGUACCGAUGGACUAGUUUAUACGUUUAAUGACACGAAAGCACCAUUUUGCAUUGGUACAAAUAAAACGACAUAUCCUUUUGUGUAUCUGUGUGGUGAUAUUGAUAGGGAGGGUCAAGAAGUAUAUUAUUUGGAGUUGAUAGCGAGAGAUGCAUAUGGUGCUUAUGGAUCACAUACGUCAGCGAUACCUUUAGUUGUGCGUAUUCUUGAUGUAAAUGAUGUAUUUCCAAAGUUUACAGAAGAUUGCUAUACUUUUAAUGUAACUGAGAACCAAAUCCAAUAUACAACUGUGGGGAAUGUUUCCAUUACUGACGAUGACAGUGGAAAGUUCUUCUUAUACAGGAUUGUUUCAGGCGAUGACGGAAAAUUUGUGAUAGAUUCGAUGAACGGUAAUAUAUAUGCUGUUGGAAGUAUAGAUAGAGAGGCUCAGGCAAAUUAUACUCUGAAUAUUUCUGUCUGGGAUGGAGUCAACAAAGCAUAUACUACUGUUCAAAUCUACAUAGAUGACAUUAAUGACAAUGCCCCGCAGUUUGGUCAUUUCUGGAAUGACAGCUUGAAGGAAAGUUUGACAGUUGAAGUAUUAGAAAACACACAUAAAGGAGUAAUACUAAAUUUGACAGCUUUUGAUAGAGAUGCGACAAAAAAUGGAGUAGUUAAAUACACGCUUGAAAUAUUCAGCCAAGGUGGUGAACCUGACGUUUUUAACAUAAGCACAGAAGGUGGUCUUACUUUGCUAAGACCUCUCGACAGAGAAAAGGGUGAUUCCUAUAAAAUGAACGUAACUGCAUCAGAUGAAGGUGUACCAAAGCUUUCUACAUCAAUAAUCGUUCAUGUAAAGGUUCUUGAUGAGAAUGAUAAUCCUCCAGUUUUUUGCAACAGCAGCACAUGUAACAUUACAAAGUCUACAUGUCGAACUGUCGAAAAAGCACCGGUUUCAUCAGUUCUGAAGGUAUUAUUGGCACACGAUCCCGACGAAGGAGAAAAUGCUAACGUUUCUUUUACGUUGGAGCAGUCAUCUGUGUCAUCAUUGUUUAAAAUAGAAACAAUUGGCAACAGCAUAAGUUUAGUGUCUAUUAAUCAACCUCUUGUAACCAAUAAUCUAAUACAUGAAGGAGUUUCUCUAUCAGCCGACGACGUUCAAGUAAAUGUAACAAUUAUAGCAACAGAUGGUGGUGGUUUGAACUCAUCCCUAAUUUUACUCAUCUUUGUGGAACCUAUAAAUGACGACAUGCCUGUCUUUGCUAGAUCAGUUUAUAAUUUCAACAUAAGUGAAAACAUGCCAAAAGGUGUAACAGUUGGGCAAUGCGAAGCUACGACAAAUGACACAAUUAAAAAGAUGACCUAUGAAUUGAUAAGUGGCUACACAAACAAACCGAAACCUUUUAAAAUCGAGACAUCUUCAGGAAGGAUCACCACAAUAGCGGACCUAGAUAGAGAAAUGAUCGAUAACUACGUAUUUGCUGUGCAAGUGAGAGACGGAAGAACGCCAGAAAGAACAGCAUUUGCUGCUGUUAAAGUCACUAUUGAUGAUAUCAAUGACAAUGCUCCGGUGUUUUUGGACGACAAUAUCACACUGCAUAUCACAGAAAAUAAAACCGUGAACAUAAAGAGAAAUGUAUCAGCAAAUGAUCUUGAUAAGGGAGAAAAUGCCCAUAUACUUUACAGUCUGAACAACUCGUACAGUAUGUUUUUAUUUUUAAAUUUGAUCAAUACAAUGAAACUAUUUAACAUAAAACAUAAAAAAGGACUGUUUCAUAUUAACAACUCAGGACUGUUGAUUAUAAAUGGUACUUUCGAUUACGAAACAAAAACAUCCUAUACAUUAUUUAUAACGGCUUCUGACAAAGGUUUGCCUGCAUUAAAUACAACUUCACAAGUAAACAUUUACGUAAGAGACGUGAACGACAACUUUCCAGUGUUUAACAAAGCUAGGAAAUUCUAUAAUGUGUCAGAAAACAAUAAACCAUUCGAAAUAUUCAGUGUCAACGCUACAGAUAAAGACUCUGGGCUAAAUGGUGAAGUAAUAUACAAACUUCAGAACAUAGAUGAUGUUCCUUUUGGAAUAGAUCCAUUUAGCGGUUCUGUUUAUUUACAAAGCCAACUAGACUACGAGUCAAAAUCCAUGUACUCACUUAGCAUAGUUGCCCAGGAUCUUGGUUCACCUUCUAAUAAUGCUGUGGAAAACGUUACCAUUUAUGUAGUGGAUGUAUAUGACGACAUCAUCAAGUUCAAGAAGGAUUUGUAUGAAAUAAAUAUCACCACUUCAGCAUCGCGGAAUGAUUCUUUACUAAAUUUGACAGUCUCUGUACCGAAUUCAAUUUUUUCUCUUAAAGGCGUAGACUCUGAAUAUUUUAAUAUUGGAGAAAAAUCCGGUGAGAUUGUCCUCAAAAAAAGUAUUUCUAGUAAAAGGCAGAUGUAUGUUUUUCAAGCAGUCGCUGAUGACGGACAUGGCCGCAAUGCCUCUUGCACAGUAAUUGCACACGUCAUAGGACAUGAUGUUAAUUUUGAUACUUCGGAGAUAAAACUGUCAUUGAUGGAGAACCUUAACAAAUCAACUGUACUUGUGGAUCUUAAUACAACGGCUGAGUUUUCUAGCGAUGGAGCAACCUAUACAAUAUCAAAUGUAUUACCAACAGGAAUGGAUUUAUUUUUUGUGGAACCCAAAACAGGAGUUUUAAAGUGUAUUAAACCAUUAGACAGAGAAAAAUAUGCCCAGUACACAAUUAUAAUAUUUGCACAUACAUCAGCACUGCGUAGAAAACGAGAAAUAUCUAGAGCCACUUCCAGUAUAAAAAUCAUUGUGAAUGUCGAUGAUGUCAAUGACAACUCCCCACAUUUCACAAACGACCAGGAACGAGUAUUUGGUGUUCCGGAUAAUGUGAGAGCAAACUAUAUUGUUGGUGUCAUUAAGGCUCAAGAUAAUGAUACAUCUGACGUCGGAAAGCUCAGAUACAACGUAACAGGUGGUCGUUCAUAUGUAUUUGGUGUGAGCAGAGUCACAGGUGAAAUCAUAACAUUAGUUGCAAUUGCGAGUACAACUGGGAAGUCUUUUUAUCUUUCUAUCAGUGUUACUGAUGGAGAUGCAUCACACAAAGAGGUCAACAAUUAACGUAACUAUACACGUUGUUCCAACAAAAAACCAGCCUAUCCUUACUGUGAACCUACGUUUAGAUGAUAUUAACAAAAAAUUAGAGGACUACCGAAGGAACAUGAGUGAAAUACUUGAUAUCCAAGUUCAGUUUGA